UGGUGCUAUUUUUAAAAUAGCUCUCAAGGACAUGUUUCCACUCUAACUAUAAGUAAGAUUGCAACCACUACAAAUAAAACUAGCACUGCUUCCACUAAAACUGCUAGUAACAUUGCUUUCACUACAUCUAGAACUAACAAUGUUUCCACUAAAAUCAGAAGUAGCUAUGUUGAUUUAGAAUUUUAAAAAAUAUACUCUGUGUUCUUCUACCUUUUGUUAGCUCCCCUGUUUAUACAUUACAGCUACCUAGGUAACACAGAAUGUAAUAUAUGAAUAUAAUGCACCCGACUUCCUUUUAGUUAGAAGCUAUCGAGGGUACUCAUCAACCAUGGUGCCCAGUUGACAGUCCGAGAUAAAUGGGGUCAAACUCCACUGAUGUACAGCGUCUCAAUUCAAUUCCCAGAGAUUGCAAAAAUUCUGCUGGAAGCAGAUCCAGAGCUAGUCCUGUGCCAGGACAGAUACGGCAAAUCUUCUUUACAUUUGGCAGUUGAUACUGGAAACGAAGAGAUUGUGAGGCUACUUCUGGAGCAUGGAGCAGACGUCAAUGUCAGAUGUCACGAGGGCUUGACCCCGCUAAUGUACUGCUGUACACCUGACCCUGACGGAAUGAGGGUGGGGGUUUUAAAGCUUCUUCUGGAAAGUGGGGCAGCAAUCGCUUUGAAAGAUCACAGGGGAAAGAGGAGUGCUUUACAUAUAGCUGUGAUAUCUGGAAAUGUCGUAGCGGUAGAAAUUUUGAUUGCUGCUGGAGCAGAUGUGAAUGAAAUAGACAAGACCUUGCGGACACCACUCACUCAUGCAAUAUCGUAUGGGGUCAGAGGCCCUGUGGUGAAUGAGGUGUUCAUGAGAAUUAUUAUGCUGUUAGUGUCUGCUGGAGCAGAACUGAAUGUCAGGGUCAGUGAGAGUUGCAACCCUUUGUUGACGUCUGCCCUGUUGAAGUCUGACACUUUAGUCAAGUAUUUCUUGUCCUUGGGAGCAGAUUGCAACAUUAAGUUCUCGUCUGGAGUAACUCCAUCCCUGGUGUGUGCCAGCAACGGUGACCUAGCCACUUUAAAGCCUCUCAUCUACCACAACUGUGACCUGACUAUCAAAGGCAACGUAUACAAGAGGAAGUGGAGGCUGGAAUUCAUCCUUGACACAUUUGAAUUGGCUUACAUGGAGGGCUAUCUCGACCUCUGUACACUGAUGAUCAGGUCAGGCUACCCUGUCAGCACAUUGAGACACGUUUUUGCCAGAGACUUGGCGGAAACUGAAGAGAAUACAGCGGUGCAAUUAGACUUUAUGGACCACCCCCAUUUAACAUUGUGUAACUCUCCACGACUUCCACCUGAUUUUAGAGAAACACUGAAAUGGUUUCUUGAAGUGGCAAGCAAUCCUAGAUCACUUCGAGAUGAAGCUGUUAGGGUAAUAAGAUUGUGCCUUGGCCAAAGACUGAUUCUCGGAAUCGAAACAUUACCCCUUCCUAGCUUUGUAAAAAACUAUAUCUUGUUUAACCAUUUGUUAUUGAACUAAAAGUUGGUCAUAAACCUGUGUUUUAUCACAGUUUUGUUGGUUGCAUUUGAUCUACAAAAAAAAACACUUAUUUUCAGAGCAUUGGUUUUAAAAAGUACUCUCUUUUUUUAAAAAGAUUGAAAAGGUCAUUAGAUGAAUAGAUAAGUCUUCAUGAGUUUGUUGUGAUGUAUUUAGUGUGUAGCAGCGUGGUUAAAGGUGACUUAUUCGAAUUCUAGAAUAAAUUUUGUUGAAGUUUAUAGAUUUUAAUUUUAAUUAAAUCAAAAGUAUUAAUAAAAUUAACAAAAACCAGUCAAAACAUGUUACAUUGAGCAUGAACGUAGACAAUUUUGAUAUAAAUAAAUCAUUUUAUUUCAUGUGGGUACGUUGACUCAUAGUCUGAUACUUCAUAAUCUGACACUGAGACAAAGUAUGCAUCAGAUGCACAUGCAUGUUUGUGACAUGCACGUCUUGCCUUUUUUUCACUCGGUCACGACAUGGCCUAAAGUGUGCCGAUGUGUCAAAAAACUAACUCAAAGCCCCUCUUUUCACUUCUUUCUUGCUGCAUUAAGUGGUGAUAGGUUCUUAAAUGUUUUUCUGUCAUUAUUAUAUUGCAGUUUACAUGCCAUAUUUUUUUUUUUAGUGUUUUCUUAUCUAUUUUAUGAUAGCAAGUGAAAUUGGUCAACUUGAGCAUACAAUACAACAUUCUCUUCCUGAAAAAUUGUAAAUUAUGAAGUGGUUCUGUAAUGAUUCCCCCAUGGUUGUGAAACUGUCCCUCUCGAGAGUCAAUGGUAAUUGAAUUCUGUAAUUCCAAAGUAAUGCCACACUCCUCUAAAUCAUUGAUUGUCAUAAGAAUUUUAGGUCUCUAGGCCAUUGAUAAGGCACCUAUACACUAACCUGGAUGAAAGGAAGGUGUUUGUUUUUUUCAGACCUGUUUUUUUUUUUUUCCCAAGGGUUAUUAUCUUUAAUAAAGACACUUGUAACUAGAAUGUGAAGGUGAAGCUGAAGCACUGACUCCGGGUAGUCCAUCUCAUUUUUAUCCCUUCUGCCUCCACUGCUUUGACAAGAGCCCCUUUCAGGAUCAAUGUGAUGGAUCAUAGGAUGGGGCCUACUUCAACUCUGCUGCCAAGUGCAAUGACCCAAAGUUCUUAAAUGUUUGUCAAUCAAUAUAAAAUGUAUUGUUUGUUUUUAAAUAACAAAUAACAGAAUUAGCAUUUUAGUUAUCACAUUUCAAGUUUCCCAGUCAAGAAUUGAACUUUUUUAGUGAAGAUUUUGAUAAUUUCACAUUGUCAUUGGUCAGAACUGGCUUUAUAAAGCUGUAUAACACUGACCAUAUCUUUUCAAUCGCUAGUGGGAAGCGUGGUCGAGAGGCCAAGUGCGCUUGAACUUGGCUUGGCUAGCUAGAAGGGGGCUGGAGGUUCGACACCCGACUCAGGCAGAGUUGUGUUUACUGAGCGCCUAAGGCCUAAAGGCAGCACGGAAAACCAACUCCUAGAUACCCCCUCCCCCCCCACUGGUCCACAAAUGAGAUUGGACCAAAAGUGCUCUGAGCAUGCUAUAAGCAUGAAAGUAGCGCUAUAUAAAAGCUAUAAUAAUAGUACCAUAAAUACUUUCUAAAAUAAAUGUUAGAUCAGUAGCCUUUAAAUCACCAGUUGGUCAAGUAUUUUGAUCUGUUCUUUUUUUCAAUGAUUGUCCCUGAAUGAUGAAUGUUAGAGGCAUACCUUGCCAUCACAUCAUUUAUAAGAUAACUUUUAUUUAUCAACUGUGUGCAAAUGUAGAGCCUAAAAUUUCAUGCAAUGUUCUUGCAUUGAAUACCCUUGUGAUAUUACCAUUAUGAUUUUUCUACUUGAUUUUAAAAAUUUGUUGACUAUAUAAAUAUUUUCCUAAUUAUA